CGGCAAUACGGUAAGUAACCACAAGGCGGUCAGGCCAGCUCCGUUUCAACUUCGACUUCCAACUCCUCGUCUCUCGCUCGCCUGGGCUUCUCUGCUGUCGACAGGCGUAUAAUAAUCUCGUUGUUUUUAUAAAGGAAAAAAAAUUAAAUAAAGGUCGUCUCUCUUUCACCUCCUUUACCUCGGCUUCGGAAUCUCUCUUUCUCGAAUCCGCCCCCCGCUGUCUCUCUAACCAUAUCUGUCUUCGUACCAUGCAUCCUCAGCACCUCCGAUCGCCGCCAUAGUCCGUCGGCCUGCUCUCGAUUUCGAUUCUUCUCUAGCGAUCGAUGACCAUUGUAGGCGCCUACCGGGUGAACUUACCCAUCGCUCUCUGCGCUGAUACCCCUUCCCACUUUACACGGCUACCGUCCUUCGUGUGCUGGUUUUCUUAUCGCCCCGUUUUCAGAUUGGUAUCUGCUUGCCCACCAUGGAUGGUGAUCUUAGUCUGUCACAAUCUUUCGGUGGCCUACGGAUUGCCAAUCCAGAUGAUGCGCCUGAAGAUGUGACUCUGACGACUGCGGAAACUACUGUUGCGGCGCCCGAUUCGAGGAGCGAGUCGACCUACUUACAACCAGGAUCAGCCUCUGCGCCUUCAACUUCAUCGAUUCUUGCAUCUAUCGAGGAUCCUCACUCUUCUUCCGUGGAGUCGAGACCGUCGGCCCCCAAUGCAUACCAGGACCAGUACCAGCAAUAUCCUACCCACCCAUCGCAAUCUUACGCUUCUUAUCCCAAUUCCUCCCGCUCGCUCUACCUGAACGGUUCUACCUCAACACUUACUCAUGACCCUACAUAUCCCAUUCGCACGGAUUCCACAGCGUCGACCGAGAGUAAGGCUCGUGCGGAUUCUCGAGGUGUCUCAGCGUUGCAGGCCAGCGCUCCGUCGCGAGACGACAGUCAUAGUGAUCGGUCGUAUGGCCCCGUACAAUACUCUACAAAGGGCGGUCCACCCGUAAUGCGCCAGCCCUCCAAGGCUCGUCCUCGCGGCAUGGGAGUCCCGGGAGUCUCUCAACACGGUUCGCCUUAUGGGUUGGAAAAUGGGCCCCCUUCAAGCAGUGAACAAUGGCAAGAGCGUGGCGCGGCCGUCACUGUGCGGCAAGAACUCGACACGAACGGGAAGCCCGUGAUGCGGUAUAUCAAAAAGGGCGUUCGGGAUUUUUCAUUCGGCCAAACCCUCGGAGAGGGCUCCUACAGUACCGUCGUGUUUGCAACGGAUCGCCAAACCCUAAAAGAAUACGCGAUCAAGAUACUGGAUAAACGACAUAUAAUCAAGGAAAAGAAGGUGAAAUAUGUGAACAUAGAAAAGGAUACUUUAAACCGGCUUACGGAGCAUCCCGGUAUCGUCCGGCUAUAUUAUACUUUCCAAGAUGAACGGUCGCUCUAUUUCGUGCUCGACUUGUGCAAGGGAGGCGAAUUAUUAGGUGUGUUAAAACGGAUGACCACCUUCGAUGAGGAGUGCACGAGAUUUUACGGUGGACAAAUCCUUGACGCUAUAGAUUACAUGCAUAAGCGCGGUGUUAUACAUCGUGAUCUCAAACCUGAGAACGUUCUCCUUGACAGCCAGAUGCAUGUUAAAAUAACCGAUUUCGGGACGGCGAAGAUCCUGAACUCUCAAAAGCGACCAGAUGAAAAUCCUUCCAAGACACCGCCUCUAGAUCCUGCGGAAUCCGCCGAGGAAGAGAGGGCAAGCUCGUUUGUUGGCACAGCAGAAUAUGUCAGCCCGGAACUCCUGACCGAGAAGAACGCUUGCAAAGCUAGUGACCUGUGGGCAUUUGGGUGUAUCAUCUACCAGCUCCUUGCAGGUCGACCUCCCUUCAAAGCAGCAAAUGAGUAUCUGACCUUCCAAAAGAUUGUCGCACUCGACUAUGAAUUCCCCGUGGGCUUUCCUUCUGUUGCUCGUGAUCUGGUGGAACGUCUCCUUGUUCUUGAUCCGGCAACUCGUCUCCCAAUCGAACAUAUCAAGAACCACGAGUUCUUUAGAGGCAUGGUAUGGGGGCCGGAGCUGUGGAAGCGAAAGGCUCCCCGAUUAAAAGCAUACGUCCCGCCUCCCCGCGAGCCUAUCAAACUCAACGGUGGUGCAGGCGAUGGUGGCAGUUUCCCUCCGAACGUCCCAACUGCGAGUUCGAAUAAUAACAAUGCCAACCCAAGAGCGCUUCCCAGAGUUGUGACGGAGUUGCCCCCUCCGAGUCAACUCGAUAUUGAGUGGUCCCCUGUUUUAGCCAAGUCCAAUGAAAGAAUACUGAAGCUAGGUAAUAUGUCCGUUUCGAUAUCCUCAGCACCUCAUCAUGCCUCCAAGAAUGGUGGAGAGUAUGAACCGACAAAGAAAUUCUCCCGAUUCUUUGGAGCGGGAACCACCAAAAGGAGACAACGGCUAGUGAUGGUCACUAGUCAUGCCCGUAUAAUUGUGGCUGCAGCCGGGGGCGACGAGAAAAAGGCCAAGUUUGAUAUCUCGCUCCUUGCGCCCGGAACUCAGUAUCGAAGCGUGACUGACUCGAAGGGCAUUACUUCUUGGAUUGUGGAUACGAAGGAGAAACACUUCGUCUUCGAAGACCCCAAGUCGUCGUCCACUAUACCUGGUACAACAGCAUUGUCGUCCCGAGAAUGGUUAGAUGUGCUGGACCGCGCACGGGAAAUAGCCAUGGCACAACAAAUUGGUCCAUCGUCAUCUACUGAGGACUCGUACCGGGAUCUACCCUCCGGUUUGUCUAGCCAUGCCAGCACGCUAAACCAAGGCCCGGACCCCAAACAAGAGGGUUCGCAUACUGGGAGAGCCACUUUGGUAAAGCCGCAACCCACGGACUCGGAUUCCAUCAAGGGAAAGAAGAGGUUUAGCAGGCGCCAUUCGAAAAAUGGGCUGUCAGCAGUUUUCUGAUAUCCAAGUUGAAAGUUAUACACUCUUUACGCUCCGAAUACUCUCCCCUUUAUCUUCUUUGCUUUGUUGCUUUGGUGCGGUUGACUAAGGUUCUACGAACUGGUACAGCUUCUUACUGCUACUCUCAUUAUAUCUUGUUGCAUUGCAUCAUCUUGCGUCCUGGCAUGAUACUAUCUCCUUCUAACGAUGUUUUCCUUUCAUCAUAUAUCCUUUUUCACCUCUGGUGCGGUUUGAUAUGGGUGAAACUUGCUCUUGAAGCCUUGAGGGAUCUAUAGCCGUUUUCGUUCUUUGCUCUAUUAUCUGUUCCUUCUCAUAGCAGGCUCAUACGGCGUCUUCAUUCUCCUCCUUUGGGUUGCAUUUUGCAAGAAUGAGCGUGUUUCCCCCUCUUUUUUUGGCUGUUUUACUUUACUUUCCCAAAGAAGUCGCUGCAUCUAGAUUUGGAAGAACGGUUCGUACGGCUAGUUCCUAUUCCUUUUACACUUUCGACCUUUUCCUAUCACACCUCUACCUCUCUAACCCUUUAUUUUCUCUGGGUAUAUAUUGCUCUCUUGGUUUAUCUGGACCUGGAAUCGAAAGCCACGUUAAGGCUUAGUUGACCGGUGCCUUGUAUGCUUGGAUCUCAUUAUGCAGAGACCGCAGUUUUGCCUUUAAUCAAUGACGCUUUUUAAUAUUUUUUUUCCCUGGUCAACGUUUUCCUUCACUUUGUCUCUGUCGUAUAUACCAUGCAUGCUCUUUUCUUUUCUGAACGGAGGGCCCACGCCGGCUUUAGCUGUGCAAUUUGCUCACCCCCAAAGCUUCAAUCAUAGCUUUCUUUAUCUCUUUUAAAUUCUCUUUUUUUGUCUAUCUUAUGAGGAUACUACCUUUUAAUGCGUAUGGCGGGCUUUCAUCAAACAUAACCAAUUGUUAUCGCUGUUGACGUCGCCUCCUAACUACUUGAAAUAUCUUACAUAUGCCAUAUAAACCUCAGCAUUUUCAUUUUCAUUUCUCCUGUUUGGCCUAGAUGGAAGGUGAUUUUUAGGAGUUUGAAUAAUAUGGAACCAUAAGGAAUAUC